AAGCAGCAUUGGUUUUGUUUUUGUCACAGUUAAUCCUGAGAAUUUGUUCGGGUAAUGUCAAAUUGCAUGACACUUUCUCAUAUUUCUCUUUUAGUUAUGUUACAGAGGACUCGCUGUCUCCAGUAAAAGGUGAUUUCGUUGACAGUCGAGUUAGUUCGUGACUCGUUUCGUGCCCUGGAACAGGAACUAGAAACAUUUUUUUGCGCUCGUCUCUUCAAGGAUGGCGGCAAAUGAUGGAGAGGAGGAGGCUACUGUAUCUCUGGUGGACGUCUUAGAGGAGGAUGAAGAACUGGAGAACGAAGCCUCCGCUGUUCUAGGAGGAAGUGAUUCAGAGAAAUGCUCGUAUCCAGAGGGAUAUGUGAAGCGUCAGGCUCUGUAUGCCUGCAACACCUGCACACCAAAGGGAGGAGAGCCAGCUGGCAUCUGUCUGGCAUGUUCCUACAAGUGCCAUGAAGGCCAUGACCUUUUUGAGCUAUAUACCAAGAGGAAUUUUCGAUGUGAUUGUGGAAACGACAAGUUUGGGGAAAUGGAGUGCAAGCUAUUUGCAGAUAAAGAGAAAAUAAAUUCAGGGAACAAAUACAGCCACAAUUUCUUUGGCUUGUAUUGCACAUGUGACAGACCCUACCCAGAUCCAGAGGACGAGGUUCCAGAUGAGAUGAUCCAGUGUAUCGUGUGUGAGGACUGGUUCCAUGGUCGGCAUUUAGGCUGCACAGUGCCAGACUGUGUGGAGCUGCAAGAGAUGAUCUGCGAGUCAUGCAUGAAUAAAACAUCUUUCCUUUGGAACUAUGCUGCACAAAUUGCAGUGCCACCCAUAACUAAAGUAAGUCCAUGCAAAGGAGAGGAGGACGUGAAGGUGGAGAUAGAAAAUGAUGAAGAUGAGAAGAAGAUUAAAAAUGAGAACCCGAAGAGCCCUGGAGAUGAGAAGGUGCAGGUCAACGGGACAUCCGCCUGUAAGCGGAAACACCAAGAAGAAACUGAAGGUUCCUCAGAGGAGGGUUCGUGCUCAGGAUGCAGGCUGAGAGAAAUGAAGGCUACAGGGAAGAGCCGGACUCCACAGGGCGCCGUAUUCUGGCCGUCUGCCUGGCGCACGAAACUCUGCACCUGCGGCGACUGCAAGGUCCUCUAUGCAGAUGCAGGGGUGUCUUUCCUUAUGGAUGAGAUGGACACUGUCCUGGCGUAUGAGAACAAGGGCAAGUCUACAGAGCAGGCUGAACAAGCAGGUGGAGCCGAGGGUCGUGACCCCUUGAUGUCGGCCCUUAACAACCUAAAUCGGGUUCAGCAGCUGGAGAUCAUUCAUGAAUAUAAUGAUAUGAAGACAGAGUUGAAGGACUACCUGCAGCGAUUUGCUGCAGAAGGAAAGGUGGUGACACCUGAGGACAUCGUCAUUUUCGAGCAGCAGCAAAGCCGCAAGAGACGAAGAGCCGACGCAGGCCAGUAUUACUGCAGUUAAACCACCCUUCACCCUGCCACUUCAAACAUACCAGCUACAUCCAAUCCUACAUGUAUUAUUUCCCCCCCCCAAAGUCUGUUAAUUUCAAAGCCACCCCUGGUUUUGUAAAAUAAAUAUGCAGGUCAAAUUCAGGCCCUCAUAACCUUGUAUGAUUUUGACCUUGUAUAGUGAUGUAUUACAAGUUAUGUGUUUCCAAAGAUGUAGCUGUAAUUCUUUUCUUAUAAUCCUGCCAUUUCAAACGGGGCUUGAGUUUGAGAUGACGUUCGGUUCAGCAUGUCAAUUGACUCGGUGUCCAGAUACAUUGUGGAAAGAUUAAAAACUAUGGAUUUACAAUAAAGCACUUCUAUAAUGUCAUAGAAAUAGGAAUUACAGUCAAUCCUCAGGAGCUCUUUUAUCUUUUAAGCAAUUUAAAAUGGUGCCGUUAUUUACAGAAGGCUGUUGGGGAAGUCACAAUCGCAUGACUGCGGUCAGUAUUCGUUCUGUUCUGAUGAGAUGGCAAAUAUUCACAUUCAUGUACGUCAGGGUAAAUAGUUCUACAGCCUAUUGGAAAAAUCUGUUUAGAUAACAAACCUACGCAAGCCCUUUUUCAGGUUGUUCAGUUGCAAUUGUGAAUUGUCUAGUAACGCUUUAUUCAUUUUAUCUCGUUUUAACCUGUUUUGUUUGUAGAUUCUGUUACUUUUUAAUGUCCUAUCUUUGAGAAAUAAACAUGGUAAUACAUUUGG